UGGUUCACAAUGAUAGGUGCGUGACUUGAAUCUGAACAGUCUUGCUAAAGGUUGCUUGUCGAUAGAUCCAAGUCAUGGCCGUGAGUCAAGAUAUUUCAUUAAAAUGAGAAACAAAGAAAUAUUGACCUCAAACUCCUUAGUCGUGACCUAUGUCGAUAACGCAACAGCUUUCAAGGAUGGUCUUGCGUUCUGGACAAGCGAUGGAAUACCAGGUAUUCAAGUAGAUCACUGGUCUGAUACAGCCGUCGGCGCCAACAGAAACUCUGUCCGAAUCACUACCAAAUCAUUAUUUGAAGGUGGUCUCUUCAUUAUCGAUUUGGCUCUGAUGCCGUGGGGUUGUGGCGUUUGGCCGGCGUUUUGGACGUUAGGAUAUGAAGGGACUUGGCCUGAGACAGGAGAAAUUGACAUUAUCGAGGGGAUUCAGUCAAACACUAACAAUCAAAUGACUAUACAUACGAUGCCAGGAUGCUCCAUUAAUUACAGCACCAGCAAUCUGUACUCGGGCACUUUGACUAAUCAAGAUUGUGAUUCAUCUACAGGCGGCAGUGGCUGCUCCAUUAUUUCCGCUUCCAACUCGUCGUACGGGAUGCCAUUCAACUCGGCUGGUGGGGGCGUAUUCGCAAUGAAAUGGGAUACAGAUGGGAUUCGUAUGUGGAACUGGAAUAGAGCACAGAUACCAUCCGACAUCACUGCGGAGACGCCUGAUCCCGACGCUUGGGAUCUACCAACAGCUAUCUGGGACGCAUCCAUCUGCGAUCUAGAGUCCUUCUUCAAAGCCCAAGUUUUGGUGCUCAAUAUCAACCUCUGCGGCGACUGGAUCAACAGUGUGUGGGAUCAAUACCCUUACUGCCCUGGCACAUGUCCCGAAUAUGUCUCCAACCCACUCAACCUCAAUAACACGGUCAUGCUCAUCAAUUACAUCAAAGUGUACCAACAAUCGGAUGCAGAAGUGACAACCCAGCAGGCGGAAACGAACUCGAAUCUGACGGGCGCUGGAGGACCUGUUGGGGUGAUUAAUGGGGCUACUAUUCGUAGGCCAUGGUGGCGGACGGCGAGAGAGAAGAUGUUGGGGAUGGUGUCUGUGGUGCCAGUAGGGCUUUUAUUUGCAGGCUGGAUAUAGGCGUUCAGGCUGGAAUGGGAUCAUUUCAUACUCUAUAACCUUGGAUAUAAUAACGGCUACUAACUCUGUGCUUAUUUCGAUGCAUAUCCUUGCUCA